UUUUAAACCACGCGAGUAGACCACACUGUUACUUUACGCAGCAGCUUCCUGACGUCCAAAGAUACGCAUAUAAUCUAAAGAGGGUUUUAUUUUAUUCAUUUUGUUGGUUUUGUUUUAAAGUGUGUGUUUAUGGUCAGAGCUGUCAAGAUGAGGAUGAGUGAAGUCCAUGCAGCAGAGUCUGUUGCUGACCUUAACAGAGCACUUGUUAGGUUGCAAGACAUUUGGGAAGAAAUAGGCAUCCCAGAGGAGCAGCGUGUACAGAGAACCAAUCAUGUUCACAAACACAUUAAAGGUUUGUUGGAUCUGAUGAUUUCUGAGGAGGAGCAGCUCAAGACAAGAUUACUAAAAAGUAUAGACACCUGUCGCAAGGAACUUGUUAAACUGUGCGCUGAACUUGAGCUGCCCCCAAGUGAGGAGGAGGAUGGCUGCUCAAUCUUGCAGCUGGAGAAGCACAAUCGUACGCAAGUGGAGUUGAUGAUGGAGCACAAGAAACAAAGACUAGGGGAGCUAAAAGACCUCAUCUCCAAAGACCAAGAGCUGUGUGAUACCAUGUGUACCACACCUUUUAACAUUGAUAAGGAUUCUGUCCCAUCAGUGAGCCAACUGGAGACUUAUCGUGCCCACCUUGAUGAUCUGACUAAAGAAAAGAACCGUCGAUAUGAGGAAUUUGUAAAUGGAAAGAGACAGAUCAUUUUGUUUAUGAAUGAUCUGGAGCGGUACCCUGAGACCAGUUUUGAGCUGGAUGUCAUGUGUGAGGAUGAAGAUGCCUUCUGUCUGACAAACGACAACAUUUCUGCCCUUAAGCAACUUCUCAGUCAGCUGGAACAUCAUAAGGCUGAGAAUGAGCGCUGUUGUUCAGAAUUCCGAACUAAAAUCAAAGAGCUAUGGGAAAGACUUCAAAUUCCUACAGAGGAAAGGGAAGCCCUUGCUGAGCAUAUGGUCAAUUCAAAGAAAAAGAACAUUGAUGCGCUCAAGGCUGAGGUCCAGCGUCUGGAGGUGCUGAAAAUGAAAAGUAUGGAAAGUAUCACUGUGGCCAUCAGAGCUGAAAUUGCUCUUUUCUGGGAGAGAUGCUUCUACAGCCCAGAGCAGUGCCAAUCCUUUGCUGCAUAUUAUGAUGAUAAUUUCAAUGAAGAGCUGCUCAGCCUGCACGAGGCUGAGGUGUUAACUUUGAAGAAAUACUACGAGGAACACAGAGAACUUUUUGAGGGAGUCUCAAAAUGGGCAGAGAACUGGGCCUUGUACUUGGAGCUUGAUAAAAAAGCUAGUGACCCCUCUCGUUUCAACAACAGAGGUGGGAACCUUUUGAAAGAACAGAAGCAAAGAAGUGAACUCCAAAAAAGUCUGUCGAAGCUGGAGAAGAGCCUUAUGUUUCAAAUUGAUAUUUGGGAGCAAGAGAAUGGCAAGGAGUUCUUUGUUAAAGGCCAGAAAUUUCUGGAGUAUGUACAGCAGCAAUGGGAUCUUCACCACACAGAGAAAGAGAAGGAGAAAAUGGAAAGGCAAAUGAAAAAAAUUAAGCAGACUCAGGAGGACAUGUUGUAUGGAACCGUCCUUAAAACACCAUCAAAAAGGAAGGUAGGAGGUACUGUCGUACCAGGGAAGGCCAGAAAGCUCAAUAGUGCGACCAUCUCCACUCCAAGCAGCUUCCUUACUUCAGGUCUCUGUGGAACCAUCUGUCCAUCUCCGCUCCUGAAACUGCCUCCUUCUGGAAGUAAGAGUCAAACCCCUGGGGUAAAGACACAGAGUGCACUCGGCCGAAAUAAAGAAAACAUCCCUCGUCUUAAAAACAUUCCAAGUGGCACACUAAAGUCUCGGGGUGCUCAUGAUGAAACCUUCACCUUUAAUUCUGUUGCUGGCUCCUAUUCAGAAUUUGCACGAGACCUCUCAAAGGCAUUGAAGUCUGAUGUGAAAUCGGGGCUGCUAAACUCCACAGUCGGUAACCAGUGAGCUCUGUGGUUUGUAAUUGUAGAAUGUGAACUUCAGUCAAGUUAAAAAAAUUUCAUUAAUGGUGUACAGUUGGAAACUCUUGCCAUCCCUUUAGAAGUUCUGGUUGAGACAGUUUUACACUUUGGUUAUAUUCCAAAGGAUCCAGAUUACCUUUGUGGUUUUUAUUUUAUUUUGACACUUUAGAUGAAAUAAAUGUUAUAAACAGUCUAGUA